CCUUCUUUUCCCCUAUAAAUAUAAGCCCGCCUUCCUUCUCUCAAUUCCCUCAUUUCUCAUUUCUCCCUCCACUGCGCCGUUGACGCCACCGUUUAAAAUGGCGUCCGUCGCUCUCACCUCCUCCUGCUCCCUUGGCUUCUCACGUAUCAAAUCACGUGCUCUCCCUCACAGAUCCGGCCCGAGCCCCGUCUUUCCUCAUCCGGUUCUCUCAAAAUCCAGCUCAAGCAAUCCCAGCUUCAUUAAACCGUUAAGUCUCACUCCAAUUAUUUCUAAUAACAGAAUCCAUAAAAGCCACCGGAAAUUAACUGUCAAAGCGGCGGCAUCAACGCCGACCGCUGUCACUCCUCCGCCGCAGCAACCAUGGCAAGGCGCAGCCUUAAAGCCACUAAUGGCGUCAAUCGCGACAGGUGUCAUCCUCUGGUUUGUCCCCGUCCCAUCCGGAGUCUCCCGCAACGCAUGGCAACUACUUUCCAUUUUCCUCGCCACAAUCGUUGGCAUCAUCACUCAACCAUUGCCACUCGGCGCCGUGGCUUUACUUGGACUCGGUGCUUCCGUUUUCACCAAAACCCUAACCUUCUCCGCUGCUUUCUCCGCCUUCGGUGAUCCCAUCCCUUGGCUCAUCGCACUCGCUUUCUUUUUCGCUCGCGGAUUCAUCAAAACCGGUCUCGGUAAUCGAAUCGCUUACCAAUUUGUUUCCUUGUUCGGAUCUUCCUCUUUAGGUUUAGGCUACAGUUUAGUUUUCAGUGAAGCUUUAUUAGCACCGGCGAUACCGUCCGUGUCCGCACGCGCCGGAGGAAUUUUCCUCCCUUUAGUCAAAUCUCUCUGUGUUGCAUGUGGUAGUAACACGGGGGAUGGAACAGAGAACAAAUUAGGAUCGUGGUUAAUGCUAACGUGUUUUCAAACGUCUGCCAUUUCUUCUUCGAUGUUUUUAACAGCAAUGGCGGCCAAUCCAUUAAGUGCUAAUUUAGCUUUCAAUACAAUUAAACAGCAAAUAGGAUGGACUGAUUGGGCUAAGGCGGCAAUCGUGCCAGGUUUAGUUUCAUUGCUUCUUGUGCCGUUGAUUUUGUAUGUGAUUUAUCCUCCAACGGUGAAGAGUAGUCCCGACGCGCCAAAGCUUGCUAGGGAGAAAUUGGAGAAGAUGGGACCGAUGUCCAAGAAUGAGAUUAUUAUGGCUGGGACUCUGCUUCUAACGGUGGGGCUCUGGAUUUUUGGAGGGAUGUUAAAUGUGGAUGCUGUUACUGCUGCCAUUCUUGGGUUAUCUGUCCUACUUGUGACUGGGGUGGUCACAUGGAAGGAGUGUCUAGCUGAAUCAGUUGCAUGGGAUACACUUACAUGGUUUGCUGCACUCAUUGCGAUGGCUGGGUAUCUCAACAAAUAUGGCCUCAUCUCAUGGUUUAGUGGAACUGUUGUCAAGGUGGUGGGUGGAUUAGGUCUUUCAUGGCAAUUGUCAUUUGGUAUUCUGGUUCUUCUCUAUUUCUACUCCCACUACUUCUUUGCCAGUGGAGCUGCUCAUAUUGGUGCCAUGUUUACUGCCUUCUUGUCUGUGGCUAGUGCUUUGGGCACUCCACCAUAUUUGGGAGCCCUUGUUCUCUCAUUUCUCUCAAACCUCAUGGGUGGCAUUACCCAUUAUGGCAUUGGAUCUGCACCGGUUUUCUAUGGUGCUGGCUAUGUACCACUAGCCACAUGGUGGGGUUAUGGUUUCCUGAUAUCUGUUGUCAAUAUUAUUAUCUGGCUCGGGGUUGGAGGCAUCUGGUGGAAGGCCAUCGGCUUGUGGUAAAGUGGGCGGUCAUAAAAAGUUUGCAGACAUCAAGCUAGAAUAUAUCUGAUUUUUGGUUCACCCUAACGUGCAGUCUACAAUUUCUCCUUCACUUCCAAAGCAGGUUAAAUUUUUGUCUUCGAUUCUUUACAUUGCAAAUAAUCUUUUUGGUGGGGGUUUGGUUGAGACCCUAUGGUUGGAAAAGUUUUAUAUUAUAUUAUAUUUUAUAUAUAUAUAUUUGAGUUUGAGGUCUACUUAGAGCAGAAAUUACAUAUUGUACAACAAAUUUUGACAAUGGCAUUUAUAUGAGAUUAUGGACAUGAUAAUUAUUUGAAUGUCGUCAAAAUUUAACACUGAAUUUUUUGCUGACAA